AUGGCCGACACCGCAACGGCCGAAAUUCCAAUAGUCGACAUUCCAGUAGCCGACGUGUCGAUAUCCUCCGCCAGCGAAGGAGAUGAAUACGAGGAUGUCACGAAUUCACUAUGGGCGUGCCUCUUGGCCGCGAUGUUGGCCCUGCAGGUCGGCGAGGCGUACCACUUCGACACUCGCGGUGAUUUAACUCUCAAAUUUGGUGGAGAUCAGUCCGCCUACGAGUUUGUCGUCUGUUCGCGCACACUUGGCCGCAGUUCGCCCGUCUUCCAGGCCAUGCUCUUCAACGGCUUCACCGAAUCCAAACCAUCAGAUGGCGCCGCCUGGAACGUCCAACGUCCCGACGACGAUCCUUCACCCAUUUUCCUCAUUUUGAGCAUCAUUCACGGCCACUUCCAGCAUGUGACCCGGACGCUCAGGGAGAAGCAGCUUUACGAAGUUUUAGUUGUCACAGAAAAGUACGACAUGACCAAGAUACUGAACCCAUUGGCUUCAACCUGGUUCGCCCCCUAUGAGGAAAUUCGUUUCCUCGGAAGCGACGAGACAUUUCCACUACUUUGGUCAUCCUGGGAACUUGGUCACAUAAAAGCGUUUUCUAGGUUUGCCGCAGGCUUAAUGGUCCGUCAGCCGAUCAAUGUCGAGGGCGAGCUUGUGACGGGUCACAAGACUUUACGUCGUCUGAGCGGUCUACCGUACCGGCAGCCUCCCGGACUUAUUGCCCGAUAA